AUGGAAGCCUGGUUCAUCAUCCUCGUCUCUGCGUGUAUGUGUGUCAUCUUAAGAGCCAUACUCUCCCUUCGCACCAAAACCAUCAGGAUCCCUCCAGGCCCUCUUCACAUCCCAAUCAUCACAACCAUCCUAUGGGUCCGAAAAUCCUUCAACGAACUCGAGUCAAUUCUCCGAACCCUUCACGCCAAGUUCGGCCCCAUCGUCACCCUCCGCAUCGGAUCUCAACGCACCAUAUUCAUAGCCGAUCGCAGCCUCACCCACCAAGCCCUGGUCCAAAAUGGAUCACUCUUCUCCGACCGCCCCAAGGCCCUCCCCAUCUCCAAAAUUCUCGACCAAUGCAACAUCAGCUCUGCCUCCUACGGCCCCAAGUGGCGUACCCUCCGCCGAAACCUCACCUCCGAGAUGCUCCACCACUCCCGCGUAAAGUCCUUCUCCGGGAUCCGCAAAUGGGUCCUCCACACCCUCCUCACUCACCUUAAAUCCGACUCCCAGUCUAACUAUUCCGUCAGAGUCAUCGACCACUUCCAAUACGCCAUGUUCUGCUUGCUUGUCUUCAUGUGCUUCGGGGAACGACUCGAUGAUGGCAAGAUCAGAGACAUCGAGCGUGUCCAACGUCAGUUACUUCUAAGGUUCAGCGGGUUCAACAUCCUUAAUUUCUGGCACAAAGUCACGCGAGUUUUGCUCCGGAAACGCUGGCAGGAGUUGCUGAGGUUUCGCAAGGAGCUAGAGGACGUGCUAAUUCCACUUAUAAGAGCCAGGAAGCAAAAGCAAGCGCAGGAGGAAGGUGUUGUUUCGUACGUUGAUACUCUGUUGAAUUUGCAGUUGGCGGAGGAGAAACGCAACCUCAACGAAGGGGAGAUUGUGACGCUAUGUAAUGAGUUUUUGAACGGGGGUACGGACACGACUUCCACGGCGUUGCAGUGGAUUAUGGCGAAUUUGGUGAAGUACCCGCAUGUGCAAGAGAGGUUGGUGGAUGAGAUAAGGGAGGUACUGGGUGAGAGAGACCAGAGGGAAGUGAAAGAGGAGGACUUGCAGAAAUUGCCUUAUCUGAAAGCUGUGAUUUUGGAGGGUUUAAGGCGUCACCCACCUGGGCACUUUGUGUUGCCGCAUGCAGUGACUGAGGACGUAAUUUUUAACGAUUACUUGAUCCCAAAGAAUGCGACUGUGAAUUUCAUGGUGGCAGAGAUGGGGUGGGACCCUAAGGUAUGGGAAGAUCCAAUGACGUUUAAGCCAGAGAGAUUUAUAAGUGAUGAGGGCUUUGAUAUUACUGGAAGUAAAGAGAUCAAGAUGAUGCCCUUUGGUGCAGGGAGGAGGAUUUGCCCUGGUUAUAAUUUGGCAUUGCUUCAUUUGGAGUACUUUGUGGCUAAUUUGGUUUGGAAUUUUGAGUGGAAGCUUCCAGACGGAGGGAAAGUGGAUUUGUCAGAGAAACAAGAAUUCACUGUGGUAAUGAAAAACGCACUGCAGGUUCAUCUUUCUCUGAGGAGUCCGAGGAUCUAG